AUGGGAGAGAAGUGUUGCUACCCUUUCGGCGACCCCCAGCUCAUUGGCCUUGUGCUAGAUGUGACUGUUGCGUUACCACUUCAUCAACAGGGGCAGCAGCAAACCACUUCGCAGGUGGGUCUUCUCAGGGAUGACAGCUCCUCAGAAAAGGAACGUUCUCUAGGCCUGCUAGAGAGGAAGCCGAAUGAGACUGUUGCUCGCGAUUUGAACAUUUCAAGUGCUGAAGUGCAACGGAACCAGGGAAGUGAAGGCGAGGAGGGGAGCGUGAAGGAAAGUAGAGAAAGACCUCAGUGCAGUCACGGAUGCAAGAGAGAUUGGCUUGGCGACGGCUGGUGCGACAGCGCUUGCAACACGGAGGCAUGCGGCUUCGACGAAGGAGACUGUAUAGGUUGGUGUUCGGGUGAUUGCAAACCUUCGUGGGAAGGCGACGGCUAUUGUGAUGCAGCGUGCUAUGUAGCCGCAUGCAACUGGGAUCGAGGUGACUGCUCAGGAUGGAGGAAUCAGGGUGUGCAGCCAGUGGAACGCCGAGCACUGCAACAGAAGAUGAAGCAGCUUCAGCAGCACCGUCUCAAGCUGCCCGAAUGUAAGUGUGAGCGCAGGCUUCUUGUGAAUGGCUCAUGCACACCAGAGUGCAACGUUCCUGAGUGUCUUUUCGAUGGCGGCGAGUGCCUUGAUAUGUGCAACGCUAAGUGCUCAAAGUCCUGGUUGGGCGACGGAGACUGCGACCGCGAGUGCGACACCACCGAAUGCGGUUAUGACAAAGGCGACUGCGACAGCAUGACGAACGCUACUCUGCAAACGAUGCGUAAACAAAGUGGGACCGGAGAAGUAUGCGAUUCCACGUGCCGACUGUGGAUGAUUGGCAAUGGUGUGUGUGAUAAACAAUGCAAUAAUGUCGCAUGUGGGUAUGACAACGGAGACUGCGAUAAUAUCACUGCAGUUGUGGAAGUAGACUACUCCGUAAAGCCUGAGGGGGUGUACCAAUUUUGCGCCAAGGAGUGGAUAGGCGACGGGCACUGCGACGCUAACUGUUACAACAAGCCUAGCAGAUGGGAUGGAGGUGACUGUGAGGGGACAGAGUUCGAAAGGGAACAGGCAGCUAAGGGCGUCGGGCCUCAGUUUGAUCAGUAA